GUCCAGCGCUGGCUCGAAUUUUUUUUUUCUGGGCCAGGUUGUCUCAGGGUUUCAGACGCGGGGAUUUUACACGUGUGUGUUUUGUGUAUUUGUUGAUGGCCGAGUUCGACCUAAGGUUGAGGUCUGGUGUUUUUUUUUGGUGCGCACUGCCGCAGCACGCGCAAUUGUCGGAUUUUCACCUACGGUUGAGGUCCGGUACCUUGGUUUUUGAUAUAGGUUGUUUGUUGUGAUCAGCUGGC